ACCAGCGCACUGCUUGAUUCAGGCGCUAACGGAAUCUUCAUAGAUCAGGCCUGGGCGGAGCAAAUUGGACUUCCCCUUAUAAAAUUAGAUGUAUCUAUUCCCAUCUAUAAUGUUGAUGGUACGCUUAACACAGGUGGCUGUAUCACACACAAAUGUUUUUUUGUGGUCGAAUACCAAGGACACGGAGAACGAGUCACCGCCAAAGCUACCCAACUAGGGAAGAUUAAUUUAAUCUUGGGCUGGACCUGGCCAUUUAAACACAAUCCUGAG